AUGAAGGAAGGACUGGAAAAGGGGGAAAAGUUUGACAGGUAUAUUCGAGACACCGCAGUCAAUCUUUUAAUUGCAGGAAAUGGAACAAUUAGUUCUGGUCUCAGUUGGUUUUUUUGGCUUGUUUCAAUUCAUCCUAUUGUAGAAGCUAAAAUUAUUCAAGAGAUUAGAGAUAAUUGUUUAACACAAGGGGAGAACUUAAUCACUAAUUUCAGUGUAGAAGUUCUUGAUAAGCUAGUUUACCUUCAUGGAGCUAUAAGUGAAGCCUUAAGGCUUUUUCCUCCACUAGCAUUUCAACACAAAUGUGCAAUCAAAUCUGAUAAACUACCUAGUGGAGACCAUGUUAAGCCAAAUACAAAGUUAAUAUACUCUUUGUAUGCAAUGGGAAGGACGGAACAAAUAUGGGGAGAAGAUUGUCUGGAAUUUAAACCGGAGAGAUGGAUAUCAGAUAGAGGACAAAUUAAACAUGUACCAUCUUACAAGUUCAUUGCAUUCAAUGCUGGCCCAAGAAGUUGUCUUGGGAAAGAUAUUAGCUUUGUUGAAAUGAAAAUGGUUGCAAUUUCUAUUUUAUGGAAGUUCCGCAUACAUGUUGUGGAAGGUCACUCUAUAGCUCCAAAAGUUUCUAUUGCUCUUCGCAUGAAAGAUGGCUUGAAGAUCAAAAUAAAUAAAAGAUAUGAUUGA